UAUUAUUUUUUUAUAGAUUUUAACAAAAAUUAAGUAUUGUAGAAAUGGAAUCGGACAUGGCAAAACAAGAAGAAAUAAGCCAAAUAGAGGGAAAAAUAAACAAUAUACUCCAAGAAUCUACUCAUGAACAUAUCAUAAAAUCAGAAAACUCUCCAGAUUUGAGAAUCGCAGAUCCUAUCAGCCACCACAGAAUUUUAACCACAAAGAAUCCUUUAGAAGUUUAUCUCCAAAAAGUAUCAUCUCUCAAAAACAUAAACACAAAAAUUCAAAAACUCAUCAUCGCAGACACCAAAGAAUUGCACCCUGCAUCCUAUUGCAACUCCAAAAUGACCCUCAUACUCAAAUACGUCCACCAAAACUCAGUUGAACGUCUUCAAAUAGAAGGUUCCAGGGAGAAAUGGGUGCUUCCGAAUAAGGCUUUGCCACCGUUAUGAAGUAUCCUUAACAAAAAUACUCAGAUUGUUUUCCUAUAUAGUUUAGAAAUUUCUAAGAAACAGUUGCAAAGAAUUAUAUCCAAUUCGACUAAAUGUUUGAGAGUUACUUUUGGCAAUUGAAAGCUAGAGAUGAAGGACUUAAAAUUUAGCACUGGAUUUAUAGCUGAAUUGACAUUUUUAUCGUUUAUUGGUUGAGCAUUGGUGAAACAUAGUAAUUGGCAAAAUCAUCCUGAACAUAUUUACCAUUUACUGAAAGCUAUUUCUUCCUCAAGACUGAAGAAUACCCUUAAAAAGCUUGAUCUAUAUCCUCUCAAGUUAAACCUACAAGACAUGGAAUCAUGGAUCAAAGAGCUAAAUCUCGAAAAAUUACAAAUAAUAUAUAAACCCAAAACCAAAUAAUCCCCACCAACUAAUACUGAUCACAUAACAUCCUUCU